GGUCACUGAUCUCGAUUUGGGCCGGCUAUUUAAUCGCCACCCAGGGAUCAUUUACUACUCAGAACACCAAACGUAACGUGUGUUCCCGUUACAGUGGAAAUUCCAGGCGACGCACAGGCUUGCGCAAUGACGCUGCUCACAAGGUGUUCGACGAAAUGCCGCGCUAAGCUUAAGCCCGUGCUACACACGGAUGCCGUACUCCGCGCGCUCUCGUUGGGCGGGACUGGCAUGGGCGUCGGUACCAGAGGGGUCCACUUCGUGCCUGGUCCGGCCUCCGAGGAGGAGCAAGAGCGCGUCCCGCCGUCCCGGGGCUGGUACCCGGCCGCCUACGCCAGGCUGCUCCGUCUCGCGGGGUCGCUCCAAGGCGUCGACCUCGUAGAUGGCGACCUGCGGGACGCCGCGACAGGAUCCCUUGUCACCGAUGUGCACGCCCUCGCCCGGGUGGAGCACUUCGACGCCCUCGCGGGUGAGUUCGCCGCGACCCGGCGCGGGCCGCCGCUCAAGACGACGGCGCUGAGCUCGCUCACGAAGGUCUGCGACGUUCUCGGCGUGUCAGCGCAGCGGCGGAAGAACGUGCGGCUGACGGUCUGCCCGCAGGUGACGCAGCACCACGUCUGGCGCGGCGCGCUGGAGGAGGUGCUCAGGGACCUUCGAGCAGACAUGGGCGCGCUGGAGCCCCCGUCCCAGGCGAUUCGGAUGGCCGAACAGAUCGCAUCGGCCUGCGCCAGCUUCCUGUCGGAGACCGCGGACGCGGCGACCUCCGCCUCGCCGUCCUGGAUGCGCCCAACGCCGUACAGGAGGCCGUCCCCUGCGCCGCCGCCGGCAAAGACAUGGCAAGAAGUACUGGACAUGUUCACGGACCUGGGGAAGAGCCUGGCAACCGACGAGCGGCUAGCCGGGCACGCGCAGAAGGUGGAGGCCAUGAAGGAGGGGCUGUACCAGAUACGCGACAUCAUUGUCGAGAGGGACAUCGCCUUCAAGGAGGCGCGCCACCAGGACUGCCUGGUGCAGAGGAAUCUGUCCAAGAACCUGGGGCACUCGUCCCGGGACCUCUACACGCUGCUGCUCUUCUACCUCUACGGCACUGUCCGGGACAUCGAGGUGCAUAUCGGCAAAUGCCUGUCCGGCAAGGAAGGCAAGAAUGUCACCAUACACGCCGUGAAAUUCCUCGUCGACGGCGAUGAACUCGCGGUCCGGAGCGGCAUCAAGCAGCUGAGCCGCGCUCUCCGUGUCUUCAGCUUUGUCUGGGAAGCAGCAAAUACUGACACUGGGACUAGCAACGAUAUCGUCGUCAAGAAAGGUGAGGGUGCCAAGGGAGUACUGAAGCUGCAAGGGCAUCUGUGGGGCCUUGGUGUUGAGGAGAAGACGGUGACAUACAGAGGGGAUGUUUUCAAAGUGCAUCAGAUAAAGCUGCCCUGAUUUUCUCCAAAUUCGUAACACCUUAUCUGUAAAUCACCGAGCUUCUGAAGAUUAGUAGAAACCUGUAUUCAUUCAAAACUGAUCAUACGAGGGACACAGCAAAUACAGGUACAGCCUGAAAUGCCAUUCUCU